UUCCUUAUCCAGAAAAGUUUGGCCUGGAUGCAUAUAGCCACGGACAAUUGGAUGAUAGAAUGUGCAAAAUAUUCAACCUGAUCAAGGAUGUAUUUUUCAUUCCACGACUGCCAGGUGCAAGAGAAUUCUCACUUGCGGAGAUAGCUGCUGCAAAGGAGUACUUCAAAAUAGUGAUAGGAAGAGGAGGCUUUGGCGAUGUCUACCAUGGCAAGUUGGAAGAUGGGUCGCAGGUGGCGGUGAAACAGGGACACCGUCAAUCCGAGCAAGGUGUGCAUGAGUUCGAAACCGAGAUUGCGACUAUGUCAAAGCUUCGACGUCGCCCCCCUUGUUUCGCUGAUCGGGUAUUGCGGGGAGGGUAGUGAGACUAUCUUGGUGUAUGAUUACAUGGCCAAUUGACCUCUUAUAAGCCACCUUUACGGAAGCAGCGACUGGAGAUCUGAACUGGUGCGACACGGGCUUGCAUUCCCUUCACACCGGAACCGGCCAGGGUAUCAUUCACAGGGGCGUCAAGACAAGCAACAUCCUGCUUGACGAGAAUCCUGUUGCUAAGGUUGCUGACUUUGGAUUGGCGAUGGUUGAACCUGUCAUGGAGCAAACUUUCGUGUGCACCACUGUGAAGGGUCGUUUCGGCUACUUGGAGCCCGGAUACCUCCACAGUCAACAGUUGACGCAAAAGUCUGACAUGUACUCCUUCGGUGUAGUCCUCAAGGAAGUGCUGUGCAAUCGACUCUGCACUUCCACGUGCGCAGGUCAACUUGGGUGACUGGGCGAUGCAGUUAAAGAAAGCUGGCAAGUUGAUCAGAUCAGUGUUUGGAAGAGCAGGGGGAUGUAAGACCUGGCAUGGUUGAAGCCAUCUCGACCUUGGAGGACUGCGUGCGGCUAAACGAAGCAACAUAAUCGUAGGUUACUAUUUUAAGCUUUGAACAAGGAAUUUUGGGCACCGACGCCGACAACCAUCGUCAGAUAGUGUCCAUGCGAAUUGAUGUGCUGAAGCUUUUCGACGAUUCAUCGAGGGUAUCGUUAGAAUGAAGAAUACUGAAGGAGACUUCUGAGGAGAAAUCGGCUAGGCGUAAUCCUCACAGCUUAGCAAUCCUUGUGGAAGAUACAAUUUUGCUACGGGGUUGACUGAACAGGCCAAGGUGCAAGGAGGGCUUGCUCUGGCUGGAAUUUCGGUCUGGUUGCGGUCCAUGGCCACCAGCCAGUUACCUUGAAACAAAAUUACAACAAACUCAGAUGGUCCGUCUUAUUAUAGGUACUGGAGGUCGUGGAGGACAAGGUGGUGUGGGUCAACGUAUCCGUGAUGAAAUUCUUGUUGUUCAGUGCAAUGACGAUGAUGCGGGAUGUAUGAUCGAAGAGUAGCACCAGAAGCUUCACAAGAACACCAGCCCGUGUGUUGUGAUCAUUUUCCAGCUAAUAAUAGUCUCCCGCAACUGUCGAAUUUGUUACUACGUUGCACGCUUGGUCUGAGCGCUUCUGGAUCACAUUCAGAAUGGUUUCAACCUGGAUGUGUGCUGGAAAACCCUGAAAGUCAAUGUAGUCGCCCAAGAACGCAUGCGGAGCUAUGAGCGUCAAAUCUGCUCAGAACCUAACCUGAGACCCCACCAAAAGUAUGUUCUUAUUAGAGGAGCUCACGAACUAUUUGAGAACUUAGAAGGCUGUUCACUCCGGAGAGAUGAAUUGUGGAGGCUGAGUGCGGUGCAUCAUGCAACGCUAGGCCCCACCCCACCUCACUGACACAGUGAUGGCGAUUGAAUGAUCCCGCACAGCUUUGAAAUAACCUUGUCGUUGCAUGAGCUGAACGAGGAGAUGUCGACUCGUUUCGGUGCCGGAUAAUAGCUUUGGGACAGGAAGCGACAAUUUGCCAGUGUCGUUAAGGGCGUCGGAGGCCUCCUUGUCGCCUCUUGCGAUGAGGAUGUGGUAUUUCCAGAGUGGGGUCUCGACCCCUUGAGUUCAUUCAAUCGCCACAGCGGUGUCACUCUGGGCAGGUUCGCAUUGGAGGAAGCACGUUAGACAACUAUUUGGAUAAUUGGGACUUCAACUUGUAUCAUGAUAUAUGGGUUGGACGAUCUGUUGCAACGGGCUUGCCUGAGGUGUACUGCUCUUCUAGAUAUAUUUAGAUUGAGUGUAACAUUUUGACAGUAUAGAAUCGCUAUUUUCUUAAGGUUUGUGUUGUUUAAAGUGGUGAUUAACUCUACUUUGAAGAGAUUGGAGGAAAGAGGAAAGAAACAUCCUUCUUUAAAACCACAUUGUGAUGGUCCAUCUUGAUUGUCUUGUUUCAAGAAAUAUUUUUUCUUGCGUUGCUGAUUGCAGUUUACUCUCAAGAUAUAAUGGUUUCUAUUAGGAUAGUAGUUUUCUUAUCCUCUACUUUAUCUUGUUUGGUUUGGAUUUUUGAUGAGUGGUUUGUUAGGAUGUUAGUAUUUGUAACAACCAUUGGCUUUUUGUUCUCAGUAAUAUUGGCUUCAAUCCAGUAUUUUCUUUUUUCUUUUUGUUCUAUACAUCCAUGUUUCUCAAUUUGGAAUUUUGGUGAGUUUUUUUUGGCGUAGAUUGAUGAGGGAAUCUCUACUUAGUGUGUUCAACAGUUGAAACAUUCGUUGUGGUCUUUGUUUCUUUUAUUUAGUUCUGCUCCGAUCAAUAAAACAAUUCUAAAUGAGACAACACGACAGACGGCAACCCGCUGGGGCUAAGCCAAACCAGGGUAGGGCUGAUUGGAAGCAGCUCCUAUCACUUGCUCCCCAUGGUGGAUGUUCGCAUCCACUCCCUCCAUCCAUCGGAAGCGCUCGUUCCAUGAUUCGGCAAAAGUUGCAUCUCGACUUUCCGGCGUCGAGCUGGUCCAGCCUCUGCACUCCAGACACAGUCGCGCACAGUCUGGGUUGCAGCAUCUACCACAUGCAACGCCAACGAUCUCAGGGUUUGGUCGCGACUUCCCCCCCCCUCCGCUUCCACUCGCUGUGCUGCUCCUCGACCUCUGCACUCAUCUCUAGAUGUUUUACCUUGCUGACCUAACUCGGUGGCGAGUCGGUAUUCGACUCUCCUGCCUCUGCACGUUUGCAACAGCUUGUGGGUCCUGGACAACCUGAGUUUACGGAGUUUGAUGAAGUAUGUGUUAAACUGUGGAAUGUGAAAUGUCAACUUCUCAUGUCAAUAUCCCAUAUUGGUAAAUUGGUGAAUGCAUGACUGUGAAGGGUAGUUUUGGCUACUUGGAUCCCGAGUACUUUCGCAGGCAACAGGUGACGCAGAAGUCAGACGUGUAUUCCUUUGGUAUAGUCCUCAUGGAAAUGCUGUGUGCAAUCAACCCUGAACUCCCACAUGAGCUGAUUAAUUUGGGUGAGUGGACGAUGAAGUAUAAGGAAGCGGGCAAGCUGGAUCAGAUCGUUGAUGGGAAGAUCCGUCUCCAAAUUAGCCCCGAUACCCUGAAUUAGUAGAUGUUCAUGAUUGUUUUACAAUAUGGGAGUCGGUACGCUGAAGGGUGGAUGGGAGCUGUGACAGGUUUUUUCGGAAGGAGUAGCUAAAUUAUCGCGAGAUGCUUCCAGAGUUUAACCGGGGAUUCCAGCAAGGAUUUUUGGUGAAGGUGACGAGUUACUUUAUGUGAACUGAGGGAAGAAACAUAGCUUUCACUGCAUUUCUUCUGGUCCUGGCCAAAAGUGUUCGACAGCCCGCUUAGAGCCUGCCCAUGCGAUGGCUGAAUCGAAGCGUAUAAGAGCAGCUAUCGGCAUAGAUUUAGGAACCUCUAACAGUCGUGUUGGGAUCUGGCUGGAUGAGGAACAUCGUUUCGAAGUCAUUUCCAAUGACCAUGGCAAACGGUCCACGCCCAGCUAUGUCGCGUUCACCGAAACAGAGCGUCUCAUUGGAGAUGCUGCCAAGGAUCAAGUGUCGAAAAACCCUGCACAUACAGUGUUUGAUGCUAAGAGGUUAGUUGAGAGAAAAUUCAGCGAAUUAGGCAUGAGUUCUGAUGAAAUGCGCAUCCAGUGGCCAUAUAGAGUGGCUUGUGGUCUGGAUGACAAGCCCAUGAUACAUGUUGAGUACAAGGGAAAAGAGAAGGUUUUUUCUGCAGACGAAGUGUACUCCAUGGUCUUGGGGAAGAUGAAAGAUCUGGUAGAGGUGUAUUUGGGGUCUGUUGUGGAUAGAGCUUCUGUCAGCGUUCCAUAUUGCUUCAACUCUGCACAGAGACAAGCUAUCCGGUAUGCCUGUAGCGUAGCUGGUUUAGAAACCGUGACUCUUGUCAGUGAAUCAAUUUGUGCCGCUCUUGCUUACACGUUGGAAAACGGUCUCCAAUCAGUUGGUGAGAAGAAGAUAGUGGUUUUCGAUCUUGGAGGUGGUUCGUUGGACGUCACUUUGGUCAACAUCGAAGAGGGGGUUAUUGAAGUUAAGGCAACAAGCGGAGACGGCCAAUUGGGAGGAGAGGAUUUUGACUUGAGGCUGAUUUAUCAUUUUAUUCAUGAAAUCGAGCAAAAGCACGAGAGAGACAUCACAAGUCAUCCACGUGUUGUGAGGAGAUUGAAAAAUGAAGCAAAGCGGGUCAAAAUAGCUCUUUCCUCCGAGAUGGAGACCACCAUUCAGAUCGAUUCUUUGCUUGAAGAUUUUGAUUUCCACUCUAGUAUCUCACGUGCCUGCUUCGAGGAGAUGAAUAUGGAUCUCUUCAAAAAAUGCAUUAAGUGUGUAGAAGAUUGUCUACAAUAUGCGCAAGUGGACAAAGCCGAUGUUAAUGAGGUUCUGUUGAUUGGUGGCUCCAGCCAUAUUCCGAAAUUGCGAUCAAUGUUGGCUGAAUUCUUUAAUGACGAAACAAAAUUGAACAAGUUCACCAAUCCUGAUGAAGGUGUUGUUAUUGGGGCUGCUGCUCGAUGUGGAAUUUCCUAUUGUUUUAGAGCAUUUUCGGACUAUCUUGUGGUCGAUGUCACUCCAUUUUCCUUGGGGUUGGAGACAGUCGGAAGUGUGAUGCAUGUGAUGCAUCCUCGAAAUACCAGCAUUCCCAAGAGCAGUGAGCAACUUUUUACAACAGUUCAUGAUGACCAGGACAGCAUAUGCAUCCAAGUUUAUGAAGGUGAAAGUACUCGAACACGUUACAACAUAUUGAUUGCCACAUUUGAGUUGUCUGGGAUCCUCCCUGCCCCAUAUGGUGUACCUCAGAUCCUCGUGCGUUUUGACAUCGAUGCAUGUGGUAUCUUAACGGCUACAGUAAAAGAUAAGACAACCGGUGGACAAAAGGUGGAGCUUUGUAUCGAGGAGGUUGAUAUUGCCAACAGUGAGGUGAAUCACGACAAUGAGCACUGUCGAAGGCUUCCAAUCCAGGUGUAUCAUCCCCCCCAGGAGAUCAGGUCAGAGGAGCUGUCUAAACACCUACAAGCGGGCGAGUUAAGUAUCACCGCAAAGGAUAGUUCGCAUGAAGCUUCUGAAUCCCCGCAAUCAGAUGAAUCAAGAAUCACCACGAAGAGCUUGUCACAGGAAUUUACUGAACAAGUUCAGACAAAUGAAUCAAGCGCCACCAUAAAGAGCAGGUCACAGAUUAUUUCGGAAUCAUCACGACCAGAUGAACCAAGCAACAUUCUGGAGAACAGUUCAGAGGGAUUCACUAAUGUAGCUCAAGCAGUUGAUGAGUUUGGUGAGCCAGGUGAAUAUUUUCAAGAACUAGGACUGGAUCUAGAACAUCAUAGCUUUGAGGAAAGUCAAGAAGAAAAUUCAGAGAGUGCUCGUUCCGUCGACGAGAGAAGUGUAGGGGCCGCAGCUCCAGUUGAGGGUAUUGUUAGUGCCAAGGAGAAUAGGUCGCAAGAAUUUUGUGUAUCACAUGCAUAUGGCUCAAGCAAUAUCGUAGAAGACAAGUCAAUGAAAUCGUUUGAUCCACCGGAAGUAUUUGAAUCAUGCAUUGCUUUGGAGAUCAUGUCAGAAGAAUUUUGUGAUCCACCUCAAGUAUAUGGCUCAAUCAUUGCUGAGGAAAGAUCACAAGGAUUUUCUGAACUAAGAGAUGCGCUUAAAACAGUCGACGCAGUUGAGGGCGUGUCACGGGAAUUUCCUGAACUACCAGAAUCAUCUGGAUUAAGCAUCCCGAUGGAGAGGACACAGGAAUUUCCUGAGAUGGCUGAAUUACAAGGAUCUAGCAACUCACUAGAAUGUGAGCUUCAGGAAAUUGCUGCACCACCACAAGAAUCGGAAUUGAGCCACACCAAGGAGAGCAGAUCGCAAGUCUCUCUAUUGGAGAAGAUAAUUGAUACUGUCACUGUUGUAACUUCAAUUAAAGAUUUCAAAGCUCAUAAAAAGGAGUGUUAUACUCUCAUAAGACGUGUAAAGGCCCUUGCUCUACUCUUCGACGAAUUCAAGGACAAUGGAUUGUCUCUGUCUGAAGAAGUCUUUGGAUGCUUUAACUUUUUGGACACAGAAUUAAACAAAGCCAAAUCUUUGCUUCUCCUGUGCCAUGACGGAAGUAAACUUUAUCUGAUCUUAGAGCUACAAAAAGUGGCAGAUAAGUUCUUGGUGCUGAACACAGAAAUGUCACUUGCUUUACAAAUGUUGCCAGCAUUGGACUCUCUUGAUAUUGCUAAAGAAGUCAAGGAGCAGGUUCAAAUGGUACAAAAUCAAUUCAAAAGGUCAAAAGUGGUGGAAGAUCCUUCUGAUACGGAGUUGAAUGUUGAAUUAAUUUCAGCUUUGGAAGGGUCACAUGAACGCUCAAAAAAUCAACUCGAAAGACUUGCUGGGUUAUUCAAGUUUGAUACUGCAGGAAUGCUGAUGAAAGAAGCACAAGUCCUACAUGAUCUGAAAAUGGAAACGGCACCGGCUCUGGAUGAUGUUUUUAGUAACGAGCGAGGAUUGGAGCAAAUCUUAGAACUGCUUAAUGAUUUGAAGAUUCUCUUUCCACAAGAAAACCAAGAGCAUGAUGUCUCUGAAGUGGAAAACUUAAAAGAACAGAGUAUUGUUGCAGAUAAUACCAUCACGCAACCUACAUCUGCAGCUGGGACAGGAGAAGGAGCGAAAAACUUCCUAAUUGGUUCCAAAUUUCCUAAUUCUCUGGAACAAAGCAACCUUGUCCUUAGUGUUUCCUCUCAGGGUAUGGAGACCAGAUCGCAUGAUCACUUCAAACCACCACAGUCAUAUGGAGUGGACAAUACAAGUGAAAGUAAGUCACGGGAAAUUUUAGAACCUCCAGUAGUAUAUGGAUCAAGAAACAUUGAAUUGAACCUGCCAGAUGAAGUUUCAGAUUCAUCACAAGCGAUAUUUGGAUUAAAUAAAGUCUUCAAGAGCAGGCCACAGGAAUUUUCUGAACUCCCACAUGCAUAUCCAGCAAGGACCGGUUCAAGAAGCGCUGCUCAGGAAGUUCCUCGACCACAAUUAUAUGACGCAAGCAACUAUAUGGAAAGGAGUUUACAAGGUCUCCCUGAAAGAUUACCAGCGCAAAGCUCAAGCGACGAAUUAAAGAGCAAUUCAUUGACCCCUUUUUAUAACAAACGACCUGACAGACUCAGCCAGACGCUUGGAAGCAAGCCACAUGAGGCUUCGGAGUCACUAACAUCAUAGGAAUCGAGCAUCGUCGUUGAAGGC